AAGACAAAGCUUGCAGAAAGUAGCUGACAUGAUGGGGCUGCUCUCUGUCAGUGUCGGACCCUUUCGGAACCGGGUUCGGACGUGGGGCCGAGACUUUUCCAUGUUUUCAGCUACUUUUCGCCACAGCAGUGCAGUCGCUGUGUCGAAGACGCCCCUGAUCCAAAAGAAGUGUGGAGGAUUAUAUCAACACUGUUUCCCUCUUGCUCGGCUACUUAGCUCAAACAAACCACCAAGAGGUUUUGAAAAGUUUUUCCCAAAGAGUGAAGAGAAUCCCGGUGUAAACAAAUCCGAUGAAAAUGAAAACACCAAGGAAGAAUCUCUUGGAAGGGACGGACAGGACCCAAAUGAAGAAGGGAAUCAAAGACGAAGAGGAGGAAAAAAGGAAGAAUCACACUGGUGGACGCGUUUUCAGGAUGAUUUUCCCUUGGAUGAAAAAACAAUACGUAACUUAGCAUUUGCUGUAGCUGGCAUGGCCACAGCUUUUCUGUACUUCUACUUCCGAGAGAAGGGGGCCCAAAUCUCAUGGAAGGACUUUGUGCAUCACUAUUUAAAUAGAGGCUUGGUGGAUCACCUGGAAGUUGUUAACAAACAAUACGUCAAAGUGAUUCCUGCCAAUGGAGUGAACACAUCUGAAGUGAACUAUUUGUGGUUCAACAUAGGCAGUGUCGACUCAUUUGAGCAUAACCUGGAGUUAGCUCAGCAGGAUAUGGGUUUGGACCCCACACACAAAGUACCUGUUUUCUACAGCAGUGAAAGUGAUGGGACAUUCCUAUUUAGCAUUCUCCCAGCCUUACUUAUGGUUGGCUUCUUAGUUUUUACAACACGUCACGGACCAAUGGCACAAUCACGUGGACGCAGGGGGCGAGGAAACCCCUUCAGUAUGAGUCAAUCCAAAGCCAAGCUCAUAACAGAAAACAUCAAUGUUCGAUUCACGGAUGUCGCAGGCUGCGAGGAAGCCAAGCUGGAGAUAUUGGAGUUUGUCAACUUCUUGAAGAACCCUCAGCAGUACAAGGAACUGGGAGCCAAGAUUCCCAAGGGUGCAGUGUUAUCUGGUCCACCAGGGACAGGGAAGACCUUGCUAGCUAAGGCUACUGCGGGAGAGGCUAACGUCCCCUUCAUCACUGUCAACGGCUCAGAGUUCCAGGAAAUGUUUGUUGGCGUCGGCCCAGCAAGGAUAAGGGAUAUGUUUGCCAUGGCUAGAAAAAAUGCUCCUUGCAUCGUUUUCAUUGACGAGAUUGACGCAGUGGGCAGGAAGAGAGGCAGAGGGAACUUCGGUGACCAGAGCGAGCAAGAAAACACGCUCAACCAGUUACUUGUGGAAAUGGAUGGGUUCAAUAGUAGUACAAAUGUGGUUGUUUUGGCUGGUACCAAUCGAGUUGAUAUCCUGGAUCCAGCUCUGAUGAGGCCUGGACGCUUUGAUAGACACAUAUACAUAGGCCCACCAGAUAUAAAAGGCAGGGCAUCCAUUUUUAAGGUGCAUUUGAGACCUCUGAAGUUGGACUCCAGUAUAGAAGUAGAGGCUUUAGCUAGGAGACUAGCUGCACUAACUCCAGGUUUUACUGGGGCUGAUAUCGCUAAUGUAUGUAAUGAGGCUGCUUUAAUAGCAGCACGUCACCUAUACCAGUAUGUUGAUACCAAGCACUUUGAACAGGCAGUCGAGAGAGUCAUUGGAGGUCUUGAAAAAAAGACACAGGUACUGCAGCUUCCGGAGAAGACUACUGUGGCGUAUCAUGAGGCUGGACAUGUUGUGGCCGGCUGGUUCCUAGAACAUGCAGACCCCCUCCUUAAGGUGUCCAUUGUUCCCAGAGGAAAAGGUUUAGGUUAUGCUCAAUAUCUACCAAAGGAGCAGUACCUGUUCACCCGGGAGCAGCUGUUUGACAGAAUGUGCAUGAUGCUUGGGGGUCGAGUGGCUGAGCAGGUUUUCUUAAGUCGAGUCACCACUGGGGCACAGGAUGACCUCAGGAAAGUCACACAGUCUGCAUACACACAGGUUGUACAGUUUGGAAUGAGUGAGGCGGUGGGUCAGAUGUCAUUUGACCUCCCUCAGCAGGGUAACAUUGUAACUGAGAAGCCCUACAGUGAACCUACAGCUCAGCUUAUAGACCAGGAGGUCCGUGUGCUCAUAGAUGCUGCCUUCCAACGGACACUUCAGCUUGUCACCGAUAAAAAAGAACUAGUGGAAAAGGUAGCAAAACGUCUUCUAGAAAGAGAGAUUCUAGACAAAGCUGACAUGGUAGAACUGCUGGGACAGCGUCCCUUUCAAGAAAAUUCAACAUAUGAGGAGUUUGUAGAAGGGCUUGGAGAAUCUGAGGAGGAUACCUCUUUCCCAGAAGGGCUGAAGCACUGGAACAAAAACAAAGGGGAUGAAAAACACCUGCAGAAUCCGCAAAACAAAUCAGCUGUUCACCUGUAG